GAUAUUGACUUAUUUUUCAGAAAUUCGUUUACUAUGAUAUAAAAGAACACUCUGCUGUUGACAUUUUAUCCCUAUUCAAUCAUCUUACAUUAUCUGAAGUGUCUUUCCGGCUCCAGUUAGCGCUUCCUGAGACAGCGGUGAGUUUGCUAUGGUUGCUAGCUAACGUGAAGUUGAGUUACAGUCAAAUAGAGAUUACUAAGCUAGCUCACAUAGCUUGAUGAGAGGAAGCGGUGACGUUAUGCGUAAGCUCAGACGUUAUUCAUGCCACUUGUAACAAUAACAACGUUAACAUCACUGCGUUUUAGCACUUCGACUUCGGCUCAGUAGCGAACAGUAAUGCAGAGCAGGUGGCCAUGGCUUGGAAGUCGAGGACCCGCAAUCUACAGGUGUUUGACACGGAGCUGAGUGCUGACACUGUGGAGUGGUGCCCUGUUUCAUCGAGUCAAGACAUCCUGGCCUGUGGGACAUAUCAGCUGCAGAAAGGGACAGGUGAAGAGGAUGCCAGCACAAGUCGGACAGGACGCUUGUACCUGUUUGAAUUUCGGCGGGAGGGGUCAAUGAGACCUCCUCUCACUGAGUUACAGCGUAUGGACACGGCAGCCAUUUUAGAUAUGAAAUGGUGCCAUGUUCCGCUGUCAGGAGAGCCAGUGCUGGGUAUGGCGAUGGCCAGUGGAGAGCUGCAGCUGUACUCACUGUCAAACAGUCAGGAAGGCAACCGCAGUCUGCACUCUCUCAGCAGUUUGGAGGUGGGAGGGGAGCGUCUGGCUCUGUCAUUAGACUGGUCGACUGGGAGGAUGGACAGCAGCGAUGUGCGGGUGGUGUGCAGCGACUCUGCGGGCUGUGUCAGUGUACUCAUGCCAGCUGAGGGCGGUCUGACGGCUCUGUCCCAGUGGAAGGCUCAUGAGUUUGAGGCAUGGAUCUCAGCUUUUUCCUACUGGGACACCCAGCUGGUUUACUCUGGUGGUGAUGAUUGCAAACUUAAAGGCUGGGAUCUCAGGGCUGGUCCCUCCUGCCCAACAUUCACCAGUAAAAGGCAUUCAAUGGGUGUGUGCAGUAUCCACAGCAACCCACACCAGGAACACAUCCUGGCUACAGGCAGCUAUGAUGAGCUUAUUUUGCUGUGGGAUGAAAGGAACAUGCGGCAGCCUCUCAGUGAAAGUCCCACGGGUGGAGGGGUGUGGAGGCUGAAGUGGCACCCCGUCAAUCGGCACCUGCUGCUGGCAGCCUGCAUGCACAAUGACUUCCACAUCCUUCACUGCAAGCAGGCCCUAGAGGGCACUGGUGGACCAUGUCCAAUCAUAGCCUCCUACAUCCUCCACAAUUCCCUUGCAUAUGGCGCUGACUGGUCCCGGCUAUCCCUGGAGGAAGCAGCUCCCUGCUCCCCUCCUGCUGUAGAACCAAAGGAAAGCUUCACAGAGAGUGGAGGACACUUGAGGAUUCAGUAUGAAUCUCCCACUGCCAGCUUUGACACUUCCCUGGAGGAUGAUGCAGGACGGUACAUCCCUGAGGAAGUAACGGCACCGCCUACCACCCCUUCUGCGGGCCUGCUCAUUAACUCAAACGAGGAAGCCUCGUCUCAGUCCUGCUUGAUGGCGAGCUGCUCUUUCUAUGACCACAUGCUUCAUGUGUGGCGCUGGGACUGGGCUCCAGAUGAGGCUCAACUGUGUUGACCAGGCUGGGGAAAUGGCUGCUUUGACACUAUAGAUACAUCCAUAAUCACAUUAUGACGUCAACAGUAGAAAAGCAAACAUGUAGCCCUGCUGUAACAGGGGCAUAAAUUACUGUUUUGCUAUUCACAACCUUCACUUUGAAGUCCCUGCAUUUUAGAAUGAAAUAUCACAGAAUAUGCAAUUAUGGAAAGAAAAUAUAUUUUCAUAAGAACAGCGAUUUUUAUAAGCUUAAAUUAAGUAAUGCUAAACCUGAUUUGAAAACAACCAUAUACUAUACCUUCACUUCAUCAAAACCUAAACACAAUGUUUGAAGAUGAGCAUCAUUUUUCACAUGUAUUUAUUUACGGCACUCGUACAGUUUGAAGAGUGCCUACAUAUUUCCCUCUUUAUAUUCCUUACUUUUCUAGACUGAAAUUUCCCCACAAUCCUUUUUCAUACCAUAUUUGAGAAGUAAAAGAUAGUUUUACAAUUAAACAUCUCUGUUACAUUAUGUUUUGUAUGCUAUUUUAUUGCUGGGCUUUAUUUUGGGAUUGUCGAGCCAGCCCUAUGAAGUUUAGCAUUUCUCCUGAGUGGCUGUUGAGUCCACUUUGAUACGUUCCACUGUAGACAUCUCUGUCCAAAGAAGUAUACCUAUCACUACAAAUUGUAUUUGUAAUGUUUUCUGGCCAGCUAAAUAAAUAUUGUUGUUCACCCAUUUUUUAAAGUAUUCUUUAUCACUAGCAUGUUAAAACUAGCUAAAAAUGUGAAAUAAUCUGUUAUCAAUGAAGUCUGUAAGCCCUUCUUUAAUUUCUAUUCCUGCUCCCCUUUACCUGACCUGUGUGUGAAUGUUUCUGAUGUCCAUUUUACCAUCAAAGGGAAAUUAAAUCCUGGAUUCAGUUAAUGACCCAGGCCCCAGUUUUGCAUUUGCCUUUUUCUGUUAGUAUUAUUUCCAGGAUACAGUCCUCUCCAAAAGUAUUGGAACAGUGGCCCAAUUCCUUUAUUUUUGCUGUUGACUAAAAACAUUUGUGUUUGACAUUAAAAGAUGAAUAGGAAACAA